AUGGCAGCCCUCACAUCUCUCACCCAGCUGUCAAGUGGGAACCCUGUUUAUGAGAACUUUUACAGACAGGUGGACCCUGGAAAUACAGGAAGAGUAGGACCAACAGAGGCUGCCUUGUUCUUAAAAAAAUCUGGACUUCCUGAUAUAACCUUGGGAAAGAUCUGGGAUUUGGCAGACCCUGAUGGCAAAGGGUAUCUAGACAAACAGGGGUUUUACGUAGCUCUGCGGCUGGUGGCUUGCGCUCAGAGUGGACAGGAAGUCAGUCUUGCCAGUUUCAACCUCACAGUCCCUCCUCCCAAGUUUAAGGAUACCAGCAGCCCAUCUCUCAGCAGCACAGCUUCUGCCUCCAGCGAGCCACACUGGGCUGUUAGGCCUGAGGAGAAAAGUAAAUUCGAUGGCAUAUUUGAAAGCCUCGCCCCACUCAACGGACUGCUGUCAGGGGAUAAGGUCAAGCCAGUGCUAAUCAACUCCAAACUACCUCUAGAGGUCCUUGGGAAGGUUUGGGACCUCAGUGACAUAGAUAAAGAUGGCCAUCUGGACAAAGAUGAGUUUGCAGUGGCCAUGCACCUGGUCUACCGGGCUCUGGAGAAGGAGCCGGUGCCUGCACUCCUCCCCUCUUCCCUCAUCCCUCCAUCCAAGAGGAAGAAAAGUCUUGGUUCUGUGUCGGGCACGGUGCCGGGUCUGCCUGCCAGCCCUCCACCGCCCAAAGAUUCCCUGCGCUCCACGCCAUCCCAUGGUAGUAUGAACUCGCUCAACAGCACAGGAAGUCUGUCUCCAAAACACACACUCAAGUCUGGCCAGCAUUCUGUGAAUUGGGUGGUACCCUUGUCAGACCGUGGUCGUUAUGAUGACAUUUUCCUAAAGACUGAUGCUGAUCUGGAUGGCUUUGUGAGUGGACAGGAAGUCAAGGAGAUCUUCAUGCACUCAGGGCUCCCUCAGAACAUUCUGGCCCAUAUAUGGGCCCUGGCAGACACCAGACAGAUAGGGAAGCUGACACGAGAGCAGUUUGCCCUGGCCAUGCACUUCAUCCAGCAGAAAGUCAGCAAGGGCAUCGACCCCCCACAAGCACUUUCUGCUGACAUGAUCCCUCCUUCUGAAAGGGGUACACCUGUGCCAAGUAUGUCUGGGUACAUGACCCCGGUGGGAUCGGAGAUGGCUGCCCUGUCUGAGAUGAGACGGGCUAUAAUGUUCAAGCUGUGGGAUAGCUCCAGCUCAGUGGGCUCAGGGGAAUUUACAGGCAUCAAGGAACUGGAUGACAUCAGCCAGGAGAUUGCCCAGCUACAGAGCACUCUUGCUUUUACCCAGUGGAAUACGCUCAGGGAGAAGUACACCCUGGAGCAAGACAUCAGGGAGACAGAGGAGGCCAUCAGACACAAGACUGCAGAAGUGCAGGAGAUGCAGAACGACCUGGACAGAGAGACAGCCAGCCUGCAGGAACUGGAGGCCCAGAAGCAAGACGCCCAGGACCGUCUGGAAGAGAUGGACCAGCAGAAACACAAACUUGAAGACAUGCUAAACGAAGUCAGGAUAAAAUGCCAGGAGGAGUCUCAGAUGAUCUCAUCUCUCCAAAGCCAGAUCCACUCCCAGGAGUCAGACCUGCAGAACCAGGAGGAGGAACUUAGCCGGGCCAAGGCUGACCUGAACCGCCUGCAGCAGGAAGAGAACCAGCUGGAGCAGAGCCUGGCUGCGGGCAAGAUUCAGCUGGAGACCAUCAUCAAGUCCUUAAAGGCGACACAAGACGAAAUCAACCAGGCCCGCAGUAAGCUCUCCCAGAUCCAAGACAGCCAGCAGGAGGUAUCUAAAAGUAUCGAGCAGUACAACAGCACCUUAAACGGGACCCACGGAGGCAGCAUGACCAACCUGGCCGACAUGAGCGAGGGAUUCAGCGACAGAGAUAACGGGGGAUUCCCACCCAUGGAGGAUCCAUUCAAGGUGAAGCCAUCUGUUUUCAAUAGCCAGCCUCAGGAGAUGCAUACUGACCCAUUCCACUCGGAGGACCCGUUCAAAACAGACCCCUUUAAAGGGGACCCUUUCCAAAAUGAUCCUUUUGCAAAGCAGCCACCGGCAUCCACAGAUCCUUUCGGGGGAGACCCAUUCAAAGAGACGGAUCCUUUCAAGGCAUCGUCUGAAGAUUUCUUCAAGAAGACUACAAAGGUGGACCCCUUCUCUACGUCAGACCCCUUCAGCAAAAGUGCCACACUUCCCUCCAAGACUAGCCACUUUACAAGCAAUGAUCCAUUUUCAUCAACCAGCCCAAAACCCAAAGGAUCAGACCUGUUUGGUACGUUGGACCCAUUUGGCAGUAGCUCUUUCAGCAGCAGCAGUAACAGCACCGGAGGGUUUGCAGACUUCAGCCACAUGUCCAAGGGGUUUGUUGAUGACCCAUUCAGCAGGAAGAGCGAUACGCCAGCUCUGCCACCAAAGAAGAGUGUUCCUCCUAGACCCAAGCCGCCCAGUGGCAAGAGCACGCCAGUGAGCAUGUCCGGUACGGGGGACCCAUCCAAGCCCUGCGACCCCUUUCAGCCAUUCGGGGGGGAUGUCGUCGACCCCUUUCAGAGUAAAAAGGGCCUGGGAGACCCGUUUAGUGGCAAAGACCCUUUUGCCCCAUCUUCGUCAUCAAGUAAAUCCCCUAAAGACCACACCUCGUGUUAUACAGGCUUCAGCUCUUUUGGGAAUGAGGCCCAGCAGUUGGAGUGGGCCAAGCGGGAGAGCGAGCGGGCCGAACGGGAGCGGCUGAAGAGGCUCAGGCAACAAGAGCAGGAGGACCUGGAGCUGGCCAUAGCCCUCAGCAAGGCCGAGAUGUCGAACGCGUCACCUGGAGCCCACACACGGCGCAGCUCGUAG